GUAUUAUUGUGCUCACAGUACAGUUAUUCCUGUAGAGCUCUAUAGAACUGAAAGUGGCAUGAAAUAAAAACAUAUUUGAAUAUGUACAAAAGUAUUAUUAUCGGCAACAUUUUUUUUUAUUUCUGUAUUUUUAUGCUUUUGUAUUUCAGUCAUUUUUGCCAUAUACACCUACAGAAAAAAUAAAAUAAAAAAUCGAUUGAAACAGUAAAAAAAACUAGCUGGACUAACCAAAAUCCAAGCAAGAAAAAAUAAUGUUAACCGGCAAAAAGGAUGACUAAAAAACAGCCUAGCAUUGGAAAUAAAAAAAAAGAUAAUUAAAAAACACUUGCAAUAGUCGAAAAACCAGCUAUACUCACCAAAAACCUAGCAAAAAUUGCAGAAAAGUAUGCUUAAAGUUGGGCGAAAUUGAUCGGCUGAUUGAUAGCAUUUCCACAAUAUAAAACGUUUUAUUUGAACUCAAUAUUUGAUCAUUACUUGACUGAUUAUUUCAUAUUGGAAGGCCAACACAAAUGAGAAUAAAAAUUGCAACUGUGCGUUCUUUGAUUUUGAAAGUAGUGGCAAGGACAAAUUUCAACAAUAAAUUACCAAAAUAAACUAAUUCUUAUCAGCGUCUGCUCUAAGCUUUGAGUUACUUCCUCAAAUCAUGGUCAGUUUAUUGAAGCCACGAGACGCGUAAACAUCGAAGAUGAAAUAUGUGGUGCUCUUGUUUGUAGCAGUUAUAUCUGCAUCAACGGCGGCUGUUCUUCCGGAAAAGACCCAAAACACCUCCUCCUCGCUUUCCUUGGGCGAUUCUCUCGACAUAUCGGUUCCCUUCGUGGGAGAUCUCGAGGGGGCCUGUCUCGCCCGGACCGGUUCCAACGAUACCUUCGAGGAGAUCAUUUCCACCGUCUACGUGGUUCCACUGUGCUUCGCGUUGAAUUUGGAAGUUGAUCGCUUGAUGGCCGAUGCCCAGGAUCUCGCCGAAGCUUCCGAAACGACUCGAGUGGAGUUUUUCAAGAGAUAUUGCCCACAAGUGAAGAAUUCCCUACGUUGCAUAACCCAAGUUACCGAUAUGGUGCGCCAAUGUGUGGAACCUGACAGGAUUGCACUUUACGACACAUUUGUCAGCACGAUUCCGGAAGCAGUUGAUCUUAUCUGUAAGAACGAUGGGGAACUCAUCUUUGUCGACGGUCCCAACUUCAAGGAGUGCUCGAAAAAGUUGCCCAGAUAUUUGGACGACUGCUCGAGCAACAUAGCAAGCUUUGCGGAUACGAUGGACCUGACCGCGUACGGCGAAUAUCAGUGCACCGAGCUGGACAAGGUUCGUCAGUGUUACAAGAAGGAACUGGCCGACUGUAGAGCUCCCCGGAUGAUCGAGCUGUUUGACCUGUUCUAUCGACCAGUGGUGAAGGCGAGUCCGUGCAAGGAUUUUAUAAAACUCGAAGAACUAAAGGAAGUUGAAAACAAUAACAUUUGAUGAUAAGUUUUUCAGUCUGAGGGGCUACAGAUUUUUUUUAAGUAAAAAAAUGAUAUGUGAAAACCUUAAUUUGAAGAUUUGUUUAAU